AUGUCAAAUUAAAGUUUGCAAAAUGUCCAAUCUCUGAGUCUCAAAAUGAUGAACCUUUCAGAAGAAAUAGAUUGGAAGCAACUUGACGCUGAAAGCAAGCUGACAAGCUGGACAUUGACUGAAGAGUUGUUUAAAAGCAAUUCUAUUGAAAGACAUUUUGUUGAUAAGAAAGGAAAAAAUAAUGAAGAAAAGAUCGGAAAAACACAGAGACUGGACAAGCAAAGUGUGAAGAUACCAGAACCAAAGAUUCCUUAUCCUAAGCAAUCAGUGUUGUCAAUUGAAGAUCAAAAAUACUUUCUUGAAAUUUAUAAUGAUCACAUUUCUGGGAAAGAUAUUGGAGCAAUAAAUCUUGACAAUUUUCAGACUCUCAUGUGGAAACUUUCUUCUGAAAGAGAACAGUUUUUGCGAUUUCUGCAACAAAACUCAAUGACAGCAAAGGAUGAUUACAAUUUCAUACAUUCUUGUGUGCUCAAUUAUGUCAAACAAAAAAUUCAAUUGCAACGAAACGAGGCACUAGAAAAAAUUGAUUCUCAUUACUCAUUGUUUCAAACAAUUGGUCUUUCUUCUUGCGCUGUUUUCCCAAAUGAUCCUAUUCUAUCCUUCAAAAAAACUCUUAAACGAAACGAGGGUCAAUGUUUACUUUGGCUUCCUGAUAUGAAAUUCAAGCCUAACUGUUUCAACAAAAAAACUAAACCUGAUUUAUCUGCUCCUAUUCAGAUACAGCAGGAUACUACUGCUUGUGAAUUUGUCGAAGAUAAUGCUGUUCAUUUUGUGUUGACCGGCGAAGCAUUACAAAUGCUGAUUGACAAUCAUUCGCCUGAUUAUGAAAAAGAUUGGGAACUGCCAGUGACGGUUGCAAAACGGAAAGAUAAAGAUGAAGCAACGUUGAAUGGAAGUCGAACUAUAUUCAUAGACAAUCCUUUACCAUCAAAAACGAUGACACCAAGAGAAGUGAAUGUGAUGUAUUUUGGCGAUGAGCUGUGCCGAAUGUUAAAGAAGCCUUUAAACAGUAAUAACGACAGUGGAAACCAAACAUAUGCAACAAAGACUCAAAAAAAUUACAUAGAAGAAAGAGAUUGCCGUGAAUCGGUGAAAAAUUAUUGUAAUUUAGUAAAGGAAGCCAUGAAACACGAUAAUGAUUUGACUAUUUGUGAAGAAAAUAUUCCAAUAGGAAAUCGAAACGACUUGUUUCCUGAUUCUUCCCUAAAAGAUGCUUUUAUUGUUGACGACAAAAUAUCUAAUGAUGGUGAUGAGAUGUCGCAACGUGAAGAUAUGGACAAGGAAAAAAUUCAGAAUUUAUCCCAAUUCACCUACAGUCUUUGGGCAUUUGGCACUUUAAACUUGUUAAUAAGAACAUCUGAUUGUGGCUUGCUUCACCAACCAAAUAGAAAAUCAGGACGAGGCGCUUUACAUCCAGUCAAUGUAUUUAUCAAACCUGAAUAUCAACUUUGUUAUGGAUAUGAAAAAAUAACUAUGAGUGAAGCAUCAAGAUGUUGGAUACAUACUUACUGCAACCCAGAGUCUGUCUGUGUUUGUGCUCGAGUGUCUUUUUUAACUGGAGAAUUGUUGAAAUUGGAUGUUCUUAAUCAAUCAGACAUUUUAGCUCUUUCUUCCUAUGAUCCUGCUAAGCCAAUGAAGGCAAUUCAUGGAAUUUUCACACGACUGCAAAAACUAUUGCUACCAGGCAAAUACAUUUUGUCUCAUUCGGCAAAUGAUUUACACAUUUGUGUUUACAAUGUAGCAAAGGACGCGACAAAGAAGUCCGUAUAUGACCUUCAUCUUGCUCACUCAAACAAUUUCUUGGUACAGUACGAUAAAAAUGUCCCUUGGGUUCCUGUUGAUCCCAACAUUUUUCUGGACUGGCAUAUUGCUUUUAAUCGCAUUCCCUUGACGUUUCCGCCAGUGUCCACGGACAAAUCAAGAAAGGUUCAUUUGCAAAAUGCUGGUCAAGGAAAGAAAAAUAGUAAGACAAGCAAAAAGAAGAAAAAGGAGGAAAGCAUGUUAAUAAUUUUAAUGUUGGAAUACAAUCAAAGAACAAUACAUUUCAAAUAAGUGAUGAACAAGAGAUAGCUGGCAUAGCUGAACGUUUGCGUAGCAAAGCAAGACCAGUUACGUAUGAUGAUAUCGAUUUCAAUUUCUAAAUAAAAUGUUGGUCUUAAAAUGGAGCAACAAUGUUAAUAGUUCAGUUAAGAAGUGAUAAUUCAACUGUUUUUUACACUGAUAAAAAUUGUCAUUUUAGUUAUGUUAAUGAAAAAAAGACGAUUUAAACUUGAUCC